AUGCUUUUCCUUUGCUUUUUUUACUGCUGCUACUCAACACCAUCAAGCCCUUCUCAGCCACCGACCGAGACUGCGCUCCUCGCCUUGAGAGCCGCCACCUCAGCAGAUCCACACAGCUCAUUGGCCCGAAACUGGUCAGCCGACACCACGAAUCCCGAUGUCUGCCACUGGGUCGGCGUCUCCUGUGGGGCUCGCCACCGACGAGUCACUGCACUGAAUAUUUCUGGAUUUUCCCUCACAGGCAGCCUGCGCCUGCAGCUCGGGAACCUCGAGUUCCUAACGUACUUCGACAUCAGCCGCAACGACUUCACGGGCCACGUGCCGCCCGAGCUGUCCCGCCUGCGCCGCCUGAGGAAGAUAAACUUUGGAGUCAAUUCUUUGACUGGGGAAAUACCGUCGUGGCUCGGGGCCUUGCCCCGGCUCGAGAGGCUGAGCCUUUGGAAUAACAGUUUUUCGGGAAAUAUCCCACCAACUAUAUGGAAAUGCAGAGGGCUCAAGAGGCUGUUGUGUCCGGCAACCAUUUGGAUUGCGUGGUCCCACGUGAGAUUGGGAGCUUGA